CGCCGGACAAGUGCCAACAGAGUCCGAUGACACGGUCGUCGAUUGACCGCGGUCGUUGGUUGGUCAAUCGAAGGGCCGCCGCCGUCCCAAGUGGAACGUCGGAACGCGCGAUCGGGAUAUUUUUGUGUCCAGUUUAUUAUUGUGUGUGUGAUUUUAAGGAAGAAACUGCGUUGAGGUUGUCCCACCAUGGUGUCCCAGGGGAUGUUCCGGCUGAUGGGGUACAUCUACUCCAUCAUAGCCGCGAUCGGAUCGACCAUCCAGGCCGGAAGCUGUCUGGUCAAGUCAGUUGAUGAACGCGAUUCCAGUUCGAGCAUUGGAUUUCUGGUGGCCAUUUCGUGGGUUAUUUUUAGCAUAAUUCUGUUCGUCGGAAUCAAAACGGACAACGUAAGCUACCUGGAGGCGCACCGGAUAUUCCUGUUUGUGGCCACCACGGUCAACCUGAUGUACGUGAUACUGGCGUGCACCUCGGUGAAGGGCAGCGUCGUCCAGUGGAACGUCGAGAUGACGUUGACGUUCCUGCUGAUGGUGACGGUGGUGUUGAGCAUUUUCGGGUUUGUGCUCUGGGUGCUGAACGGAUUGAUACGAUACGCAACCAACGAUUUGGAUCAGGAUAUUUAGAAUAUUGUCACUCAUCUUAGAUGAAUCAGUUUUAGAAAUCCAUACAAAUGAGUAUUAAGUUGCACUGGUUUUGGGCGCUUUAGAUUACAAUUGCACUAAGAACUGUUUUAAUACCUAGUUGAAACGUUAGCCAGAUUCUGCUGUAAAACUGCUGGAUUUGAGUUCUAAUUAAUUAUUCAAUAAAUCAUUCUCCAGGAAAAUAUGCGAAUCAAUUGCUGCUUAAAUUUUUAUAAGAAUUGUUCAAAUAAAAACAAAUUAAAAAGCAUUGAAAAUUUCAAAUUAAACUCCACGUGGUUUGUGCACGA